AUGGCCGAUCUUUUUAUGCAAAAAUAUUUUCCGCAUAAAAAGACAACUAAGCUUAAGAACCGUAUCAUGACAUUCAAACAGGAUGAAGGAGAAUCUCUACACGCAGCUUGGGAGAGGUUCAAAGAUCUUUUGAUCGAUGUUCCACAUCAUGGGUUGUCCAAAAGGCAGCUUGUGUUGAACUUCUACCAAGGACUCAACUAUGACUCACAAGAACGUUUAGAUGUAUAUGCAGGAGGCGAUCUUGGAACAAAGACACCCAACGAAGCCUAUGCAAUCAUAGAGAAAGCUACCUUGAAGUCAAGUUCUCAUAACAGUGGAGUGCGAAACAAAGCAUCAUCUAUUCCUGGAGUUCAUCAAGUGGAUACAUAUACGGCUCUUGCAGCACAGAUUGGAGCUUUGGCAGCAAGAUUUGAUCAAGCUCAGAACGUUUCGCAGGUACAAUCAUCAUGUGAGCUGUGUGGAGUGUCACACGAGCCAUGUACAUCUGAACAAGGUGUUAUGUAUACAUGCCACGAAGAGGUGGACUAUUUGGGCAAUCAAAUUAGGCCCCAAAAUAACCCCUAUAGCAACACGUACAAUCCAGGUUGGAGGAAUCAUCCAAACUUUGGGUGGAAAGCUAAUUCCAAUAACCAAAACCCACUCGGAUAUGCUCAACGCGCUCCCACACCACAACGGUCUCAGGGGCAAUCCUUUCAGCCCCAUGGACAAUCUUUUCAGCCAUCAGGGCAAACCUUCCAACCACGUUACAAUAAUUUAGGUUCAGGAAGCACUUCCCAGCCACAAACCUCUCAAACCAACUCAAAACUAGAAGAGAUGAUGGCGCAGCUAUUAAACAACUCCAACAAUGCCAAUCAAAUAUCUGAAAAGCGAUACAAGCAGCAUGAGGAGCGUUUCAUGGCUCAGGAAGGGGAAAUGCGGAGCCAGAAGGCUUCAAUUCAAACCAUUGAGAAUCAAGUCGGCCAAUUGGCCAAAAUGUUGUCUGAAAGACCACAAGGUAGUCUUCCAGGUAACAUAGAACCAAACCCGAGAGGGCACGUUAAUGCAGUAAUGAUGAGGAGUGGUAAAGCCACAGGACCUGACAAAUCGGACUCACCACCGAUCACUAAAACGGUCCAAACUGACGCUUCAAACGAGGUGCACGCUAGGCGAGUCCCAGCAAGUACAGCACAGUUCCAGGAGCCAGUUAACGAUUUCAUUCCUCCUGUCCCAUAUCCGAGCAGACUGAAAAAGCAAAAGAACGAUGAACAACAUGCAUUGGCUCAAAUGCCAAAAUACGCAAGGUUCUUAAAGGACAUCCUCACAAACAAGCAGAAGCUCGAAAGCUUGUCUUGUGUGUUGAUGAACGAAAACUGUUCAGCCCUUCUCCAAAACCGUCUACCUGAAAAGAUGGGAGAUCCGAGCAGUUUUACUCUUCCCUGUCUCAUUGGCAGCAUGUCUGUCAGUCACGCAUUAGCCGAUUUAGGAGCUAGCAUAAACCUUAUGCUGUAUAAGGUCUUUGCUAAAUUAGAUCUGGGUGAACCUUCACCCACUAGAAUGAGCAUUCGACUUGCAGAUCGUUCGAUCAAGUAUCCGCAUGGAUUCGUUGAAAACAUGCUUGUUAAAAUCGAUAAAUUUGUUUUUCCCGUGGAUUUUGUUAUUCUCGACAUGGACGAAGACUCAAAAGUGCCAUUAAUACUUGGACGCCUGUUCCUCAAUACAUCAAGGACGAUCGUUGAUGUGGCAGCUGGCUAA